AUGUCUUGCCGCCGCCUCCUCACGCUCUUCGCCGUCGCCGCUUCGCUUGGCGUCAUGAUAGCCGGCGAAAUAUCCAACUGUGCGUCCUCGGGCACCUACACCGACGGUAGCCAGUACGAGAAGAACCUCGCCGAGCUCCUCGCCAAGCUGUCCAGCGCGGCGGCCGCUGGUAACGGCUCGUUCCACAGCGGCAGCGUCGGCUCCGCAGUGCCCGACCAAGCGUGGGGCCUCGCCAUGUGCUACGCCGAUUGCAACGCCACGCGGUGCCAGGACUGCCUCCGGGAGGUCGCCUCUAUCGGCGGGUUCACGGAGCUGUGCCCGGACGCCGCGCACAGCAGGAACGUGAGCUUCUCAGACUCCGACGCGUGCCUCCUCCGGUACGCGGACGCGCCGUUCUUGGGCUCCGCCGACACCGACGACAGGUGGCAGAGUAGCUCUGGGUUCGACGUCGACGUCGCGGACAUGGCCAGCAUGAACACGACGCGGUGGCGGCUGCUGAGCCAGCUCGUGGAGAGGGCCGCCGGCCACGACCAGCCCCAGCGGCUCGCCUACGGGAGCCUGGAGUACACGGACGCGCGGAACGGCUCUCAGAUGGCGGUGUACGGUCUGGCACAGUGCACCGGGGACCUGGAGCCCAGCGAGUGCACAAGCUGCCUCAUGUACCGCCUCGCCCUGGUGUCGUCGGGGAACCACACCGGCGCCACGCGCGCCUCCAUCUGGGGAUUCAGCUGCUACCUGAGGACUGAGGUACCAGGUGAACGACCCGAUCAUCGUCAUCGGCAGCCCGGCGCCGUCUCCGCAGCCUGCUGCGACUCCAUCAGGGUCGGUACGGAUUAA